AUGCCUUCCUUCCACUUGACGAAGGCAAAGGCCGCUGCCCAGCGGUAUCAUGGUAAAAUACCGUAUAUCAGGAAGUUACCAGUGCCCGUGGUUGGAAUUAUUGUGGCCGUUGUCAUCGCAAAUAUCAUUUGCUGGGCUGGUGCCGCCGUUCUUCUGCAUUUCCACAGACCACUACUAGGGACCGCCAUAUUAGCAUAUACCCUAGGCCUCCGCCAUGCUCUUGACGCAGACCAUAUCUCGGCGAUCGACCUCAUGACUCGUCGUUUAAUCGCUGCUGGUCAACGACCUGUCUCGGUGGGGAUGUUUUUCUCGCUCGGCCAUUCCACAAUAGUAGUAAUUACGUCCGUCGUUGUCGCAGCGACGGCGGCAUCUUUCAGCGAGCGCUUUGAUAGCUUUCGACGUGUAGGAGGAAUCAUCGGAACCUCGGUGUCUGCAGCGUUUUUGCUGAUAUUGGCGCUGAUGAAUGCGUGGAUUUUGUACAAGCUUAUAAAGGAGAUGAAGAGGUUAAUUUCUCGGAGUAGUGAGGACGAAGAGGUGGAUAUGUGGAAUGUACAAGGCGCGGGGUGCUUGAUGGGUGUGUUUAAGGGCGCCUUUAAGAUGAUUGAUAGGCCGUGGAAAAUGUAUCCAUUGGGUGUACUCUUUGGAUUGGGGUUUGAUACUUCUUCUGAGAUUGCACUUCUCGGAAUAGCAUCAAUCCAAGCAGCUCAAGGGACCAGCAUUUGGCUGAUCCUGAUAUUCCCCGUUCUCUUCACCGCCGGAAUGUGUCUCCUUGACACCACUGACGGUGCGCUCAUGUCCGCUCUCUACACGUCUCCCUCAUUCGCGCAAGACAACAUCGCAAUCCUCUACUACUCUAUCGUGCUCACCAUCAUCACUAUCAUCGUCGCCGUCGUAAUCGGGACAAUCCAGCUUCUCUCCCUCAUUCUAAAUGUCGCAGAGCCUACAGGCCACUUCUGGGAGGGCGUGGAGAAGGUGGGUGAUAUGUAUGACGUUAUCGGAGGGUGUAUUGCUGGAUUAUUUGUGGUGGUGGGGGUUGCGAGUGUGUUUGCCUAUAAGCCUUGGAGGAGACGGGUUGAUAUGGGUAUGUUGAGGGUUGGUGGUGAUGAAGGGUGUGGUGAUGAAGGGUGUGGGGAUGAUGUUGAGCAGGAUGUAGGGAGGACUGUUGGAGAUAACAAAGGAACGUUGAGAGAGGACGUGAUAGGAGUUCCUAAUGAGAGGAUGGGAGAGAGGUCAGGGUGA